GUAUUCUUAGGCCUUUUUCUUUGGCGAACGUUCCAAGGUCGAGCACUCGGCCUGUGAUGGCAGACUCUCCCUUCACGUGAUUGGAGUAUCGUAUUUAUGAGCGGCCCAGCUAAUGCUUGAUAUUUUUGUAGCGUCUCAGCAGCCACUAUCAAAGGCACGGAAAUCUUCCAGACCAACAGCAGAUUUAAGAGUUCCAAAAUAUAACAAACUGUACUGUAUCCCACUUACCCAGGCGCCGGCCCAGGCGGGAUGUCUUUGUGUGCUCUUUUCUUUUUCUUGGCCGGCGCAUGCCAGCUUCUCGGCGUCAGUGGAAAAAACAUCUCUUUCGCAGAUUGUGGCUCAAAAGUAGGGAAGAUCGUAAGUAUCGAUAUAUCACCAUGCAAAGUUGAACCCUGUACUUUUUACAAGGGAGAGAAUGCUACGUGUACGAUAAUGUUUAUUCCAAGGGAAGACCUUUCAUCGGCAGUGAUACAAGCGUUUGGGAUCAUCUCUGAUGUAAAAGUGCCUUGGAAAUCAUGGUCAUUAUGCAAUCUUACCAAGUGCCCAGUGAAGAAUGCCCAGGAGACAAAAAUAGUACUUUCCCUCGUUGUGAGCCCUGAAUACCCAACGAUUAAACUAGUCGUAGAUAUUGAGAUGAAAGAUCAGACGAAACAAAUGGUCUUCUGUGCUAAGUUCUCUGCAGAGAUAAAGAACAAAGGUCUGCGCGCGAUGGAACAAGACAGCGAACUAGGCAAGGACAAGAAAGCAUAGGAAAUGGCAGCAUUUGCAUCGUAUUCUAUAAAGACAUGCAUGAACUCUCUCUCUCUCUAGUCUUGAAUGUACCUUUUCUGGCAUGGGUAUAUGUCAUCAAUUUAUUGUUUAUUAGCAUCAAUAUCAAUUCUGUUUUAAAACUGCAAUUCGAUUCAAGAAAAUAUCAACAUAAUUAUAAAGAGUUUAUUUACUCUCAGAGGUUUUACUUCAAAUGUAAUUAAAAGCAUGUACUAAGAAGAGAUAGUUUAGAUGAUCAGAUUACAGGAAACUUUACACUCUAAUCUAGUAGAAUAUCCUAAAUUAAGCUGGGUUGUUGGAUACAUGUUUCAGCUCGCCCAGGGUAGCACGAGGCAAUCCUGUUAUCAACUGACCCUGACCCUCUGUCAAUACGCCUUUUUUAUUUGCUUUAGUUUACUGUUGCAGGUUUGCCGAACAGACAGCCAUUCAGCUUCUUAUCCAGUUUUAUAGCGCCGUAAUGACAUCAUAAAAUUUUUUUACGUCAUUCCCAUAGGAACUGCCAUUUCAAACAACCAACCAUAUUGCCAUUUUGAUUCAUACAGUACCCCGUCAGCUCGUAGUAGCCCUGCAAUCAAUAAAACAAUCAUAGAAAAAAGAAUUUGUUUUUGUGUACAGAUUUAAGGCACGCAAAUUAACGAAACGAGUCCAUGACAGGCGCAUGA